GCUAAUGUGCUGGAUGACAUGGGAGAGUAUCUGGCCGAAAGAUAUGAAUCUACCACAGAUACAUCGUAUCUCCAAAAGUCUAUUCAAAUAGCACGAAAUGCUAUGGAAGCCACUCCAUUACAUGAUGGACAUUGGCAUAGACGACUGUAUACCCUUGGAUAUCGGGCCAUUGAUAAAUUUCUACAUACACACACAUUGGCGGAUCUUGAGCAAGCCAUUUGCGCUUUACAAACAAUAAUUGAUGCCGAUACAUCAGAUGAUCUAAACUAUACUUUAACGAUACAGUCUAUCGGAUGGUUAAUGAAUGUCAAAUUCCAUGAGACAAGAGAUGUGGCAGAUCUUGACAGGGCCAUUAGCAUGAUGCAGGAUGUUAUUGAUAGAACUCCACCAAAUCAUCCAAACCGGUCAGAUUUUCUAUCGAUUCUUCAAACAUCUUUAUAUUACAGAUACAAUUACACAGGAGAAACAGCAGAUAUUGAAGAGGGAAUCUGUCUAGGUCAAGAUCUUACAAGUGCUGCGCCGCUAAAUCACCCAGAGCGAGCGAGUCAUUUAAUUUCCCUGGCAACUUGCUUUUACAGUCGGUAUUCUGGUACUAAAGAUAUCGAAGAUCUCAACAAAGCUAUCACUUUGUCUCAAGAGGCUUAUAUAACUGUCCCUCUGACUCAUCAAGUCACGGUUGGUUUACAACAUGGGCUGAUUCUCUUCACAAAAUAUGAACAUUCUGGAGAAAUGGCCUUUCUUGAGGACUCUAUUCAUGUGUUUUUCAGGGCGGCCGAAGCUUGCCCAAUAGAUGAUCGAAAGUGGCCCAUAGUAUUGGGGACCCUUGGAGAUCUGUUAAAAGCUCGGUACUCUUGCACGAACGCAUUAGCAGAUGUCGACGCCGCUGUUAUUAUGUGUCAAACUGCUAUUGCCACCCUCCCAAAUCAUGAUUCAGAGCGAGAUCACAUACUAGUCAAGCUUGGGAUGAGCCUAAGCGACAGAUACAGACAUACUCGUGCGGCAACCGAUCUUGAAGAAGCUAUUUGCGCAUUUCAAGAAGCUCCAAACGCUACCUCUUUGGACUCUAAAACUUGGUUUCCGAUGUUGAGCAAAUUUGUGUUUUGCUUAAAUGAAAGAUUCUCUUGCACGAAGGAACUUUCAGACAUCGAAAAAUCUAUUGAUCUGUUACGAGAGAGUAUUGGAUCGAUACAGAUGAAUGACUCACAGCGAGCACGUAUAUUGGGCUUUCUCGGAUGUUGUCUCAACAUUAAAUACACGCACACUAGCGCAUUAAUAGAUCUUGAUGAAUCUAUUUGCGUAAGUCGAGAUUCUCUUGAAACCUUUCCACCGGACGAUGAAUUACGAAUUGAACAAUUACAUAUUCUUGGAACGUAUCUGGCUGAGAGAUAUUCCCGCACCGGAGCGACGCCAGAUCUGAAUGAAGCCAUUUUUAUAUUUCGAGAAUACCUCGAGGCUAUGCCACCAAAUUACCAUGGCCGAUUCAAAUCGUUACAACAACUUUCAAACAUCCUAAGCCAGAGAUUUGAACACUCAGGAGAAAUAGCGGAUCUUCAGGAAGCUAUUCUUAUUUCACGAGAGGUGCUUAACUCUAUGCCUAUUUCUCUAGACGUUUUGAUAAAGGCUAAAGUGUUGCACGGCGUUGUGGGACAAUGUUUCAAAAGGUAUCUAUCUACUGGAACAAAAGCAGAUCUUGAUGAACUUAUUCGUAUAACUCAAGAUGCUGCUGAUACAGCCCCGGAAACCCAUCCUUUUCAAUGUCAAAUGUGGUGUCAACUUGGAGCGUAUCUCAAUGACAGAUAUACUCAAACCGCAACUUUGACAGAUGUCGAAGAUGGUCGAAAGUAUCUGGUUUCUGCUCUUUACCAUGAAUCAGGAAAUCCCAUCGUCCGAUUUUUUGCUGGUCAUAUGGCGAUGAUGUCAUCCGAUUUCAUAAACUAUCCGCAAGCAUACGACGUGGUAAAAUAUACAAUUGACUUAAUUCCCUUGCUAGCACGUCGAGAUUUCCCAAAUGCGCUGAAGCAGUUUAUUCUCUCUUGCGUUGCUGGAACCUCAUCAGAUGCAGCUGCGAUUACUCUGCAAAAACUCCCCGACGAUGAUCGCUGCCUCCUUGAGCAGCGUGACUUAUCUACUCUUAAGAAUCGCUAUCCCGAUUUGGCUGAUUCCUUUCUCAUUUUGGAAGACCAACUUUAUCAGCCAUAUGACCCAAAUACGCUCAAUGGCACGAACAUGAAUAUCAAAACCGAAAAGAAUAGGAUAGAAAAGGAUUUUGUCACUCUUCUCGAGACAAUCCGCUCAAAAAAUGACUUUGAACGUUUCUUACUCCCCGCAUCGAAGGCUGAUAUGGUGCAGGCAGCAUGCGAAGACAAGAUUGUCAUUGUAAAUCUGAGUGUAUUUCGCUGUGAUGCCUUGAUCAUCGAGAAGUCGGGUCUCAGGGUCUUGGAGCUGCCAUACAUUUCUCAAGGGGCGCUCUCUGAGUUGUUAUUGAUUGAAAGAUUCAACGAUAUUGAAUCUCCCGGAACACUUGCCUGGCUCUGGGAUGAUAUUGUAUGUCCUGUGCUUGAUGCUCUCGGCUUCACUGAGACCCCAUCGAAAGAGUCGAAAUGGCCUCACGUGUGGUGGAUACCGAUGGGCUUACUGACCGAAAAGUUGCCACUACAUGCGGCUGGACAUCAUUUGAGACGCAGCGGCGAGACAACGCUUGACAGGGUUGUCUCAUCAUACGCCACAUCUGUCAAUUCUAUCAUUCAUGGUCGUCAACGGCAGGCGCCAACACUGUCUGAACCGAUCAAUCUGGUCACUGUAGCCAUGGAAGAGACAGACGGACAAACAAAUCUCAUCCAUGCACAGCGCGAGAUUGAUGCUAUAUCAAAUAUACUGGAGCCGGAAUCAAUAAACAAUUACCGGCCUGCGCCAUAUAGAAAUGACGUCUUAUUGGCCAUAGAGACUUGCCAGAUAUUUCAUUUUGCUGGUCAUGGUGAAAGUCACCCCACGAAUCCAUUGCAGAGUACACUGCUCCUUAGGGACUGGCAGGAUAAUCCGCUUACAGUUGCAAGCUUGUUAGAGACUAAUGUUAAUUCAAGUCAACCUUUUCUCGCAUAUCUCUCAGCCUGUGGAAGUGGUCAGACAACGUAUAGGGAGUCCCUAGAUGAGAGCAUACAUCUAGCAAAUGCUUUCCAACUCGCUGGAUUUCGUCAUGUCAUUGGAACUCUCUGGAGUGUUGAUGAUGAGUUAUGCGUGGAAAUUGCUCAAAUGACAUAUAAAUCUCUAAGGAGGGGAUUACGAGAUGAAUUAGUGAGUUGGGGGCUUCACGAUGCUGUCAGAACCCUUCGAGACCGGUGGGUUGAUAGAGCAGAUGGGGGGGCUGGAAACGCGAGUCAGACACGAAAUCUAUCAAGAGAAGGACGUCAUGCUCAACUGGACGACGACAUAGAGCCGGGACAACCACUUUGGAUUCCAUAUGUUCACUUUGGAGUUUGA